GAUGGGUGGGGCCACAGCCUCUCCCAGAUUCACGGUGCCCAUACAGCCCGAAGGCCCCAAACCUACUCAGAGGGGAGACUCCUGGGCAGGUGGAGCAAGGAGAGAGCUCCCUGCCUCUUCUGCCUUCCAUCCUCUCCCCCUCCGGGGCCAGAGCCCAGGGCAGCUGGGAUCCUAGGACCUGCCCAGCCAACUGUGGAGCUCACUGGCCAGGCCUGCAGAACUGAAAUGCCCUCGGAGGUGGGGUGGGGCCAUGCUGAGCGUCAAGUGCCUCCUCUGGGGUCCGGGCCGGCCGGGAGCCACAGGUCCUUCCCAGCAGAUCAGAGUUCACAUGCAUGAGCUGCCCCCCGCCACCAUCGCUGGUGGGGGAUGGCCCUCAGGCCUGCAGCUGCCCUGUCCGCCUUCACCUGCAGUAGGUGUUACUCACUGCAGGGCAGGUAGGAGGCAACCUUGGCCAAGGGCCAUAAAAAAAUUGUCAUCAGCUUCCCUGCUAAAGGGAUUCAGAGCUCCUUGGGGAGACCUUGUUUGGGGAAGCUGCCUCUGCUGUCCAUUCCCUCCCAGCCAGAAGCGGGAGGGUGCACAGCCAGGGUGGGGGUGCCGAGCUGUUGUGGGCCUGCCCCUUCCCCCACCUCGGCUGCUCAGAACCUCAGCGGCCCUGCUUCGGACAUCUGCGUCCUGGGCUUUUGUGUUUGGUCCUCGAAAGGAGAAGAAGGGUGGCCCAAGGAGCCCUGAGGAGCUGCAGGGUGGUCCCUGGGGGAGUGGAAUCAGCUGGAGGCAGGCGAGGGUGGGGUGCCAGGCCGACAUUGUUUAUUUGCAUUCCAAUCAACCUACACAUGUCCCAGCUAUUUAUAAGCCUGGACCUUGUCCUGGCACCACCUGCAGGCUGGAUUCUUGGCCCUCCUCGUGUUUCUGUCAUUUUCCCAUCCAGGAGCUUGGCAGUUCCCUGGGAAGCCCACAGCUGGGAGGCGAUGGCCGGGGCCCAGUCCUGGGAGCCUGCGAGUGGCCAGUGGGAGCAGUGCCGGGACAGCGAGGGGACCGCAGAGCACAGGGACGUCCUAGUGGUCCUGCCCACAGGGGAGCGGCUGCGGCUGGUUGUGGGGGUGCAGGCCACCGGGCGUGAGGUCUUCCAGCAGGUGUGUGACCUGAAGAGUAUCAGAGAAGCCCACUUCUUCGGCCUCAGCGUAGUCAGAAAUAACGAGUACAUGUUCGUGGACCUGGAGCAGAAGCUCAGCAAGUUCUUCUCAAAAGACUGGAAGAGAGAAAUGUGUAAAGGACACAGGAGGCCUGGCGCGCCCUUCGUGACCUUCCUCCGGGUGCAGUACUACGUGGAAAACGGGAGGCUCAUAAGGGACAGGACGGCCAGGCACCUGUACUACUGCCACCUGCGGGAGCGGGUGCUGCGGUCUGAGUGCGCCCACCGGGAGGAGGCGUACUUCCUGCUGGCUGCCUAUGGGCUGCAGGCCGACCUGGGCAACCACCGGGAGCCAGUCCACGUCGGGAGGUACUUCGAGCCACAGGCCUACUUCCCACAGUGGAUCAUCGCCAAGAGGGGCAGUGCCUACAUCCUCAGGCAUGCUCCUAGCAUGCACCGCGAGCAGCGGGGCCUGAGCCCCAAGGAGGCUGUGCUGCGCUUCAUCAGGGAGGCCUGCCGGCUGGAGGAUGUCCCUGUCCACUUCUUCAGGCUGUACAAGGAUAAGAAGGAAGACAGACCGACCGUCACCCUGGGGCUGACCCUCAAAGGAGUGCACGUCUAUCAGGAUGAGAGCCGUGCUGCCCAGCUGCUCUACGACUUCCCCUGGCCCCACGUAGGGAAGCUGGCGUUUCUGGGAAAGAAGUUUGAGAUCCGGCUGGACGGGCUGCCCUCCGCCCAGAAGCUGGUGUAUUACACCCGCUGCGCCUCCCACUCCCGCCACCUCCUGCGGCUACUCAGUGCCAGCCACCAGCUCCACCUGGCCCUGCAGCCUGCCCUGCAGCGCCUGCAGCAGCUGGAGGAGGCCGAAGAGAAGAGGCAUUACCAGGAGUCCUACAUCAGCCAUGCACGCGACAUGGGCCCACCUGGCAGCAGGGACAGCGGGGACAGCGCCCUCCGCAUGGCCCGCAGCCACAGCAGUUCGCAUCCACCAGACUCUGAAGCUGACUCUUGGCCAGCAGAGCUCAGGGAGAUGUCAGUGGAUGAGCCCCUGGGGGCCGAGGUGCUCUCCGGGGAGGAACCGCCCUGCAGCAGCGGCGGGCCAGAAGGGGCUGCUGGGACCCAGGGGUGUGCUUAUCGCCAGGAGCCCCUGGUGGUGGUCACGACUUGGGGCGGUAGUGCCGAGGCCCCGCAGCAGGUCCCAGAGGCAGAGAGGGCAGCUGGACAGAGUGCCCAGCUCAGCCACAGCCUGGGCGACGUGUGCCCCUUUGACUGUACAACAUGCCAGGCACCCACUCCACGCUCCAGGAGGUCCACAGACUGCCUUACCCUGAGCCCACCAGGGGAGCCCCAGGCCCCAGAGUUCGUGGUGUAGACGCCUCACAGGGUUUCGUCCAUGCAGCAAGCCUCCAUCCGUAUGAGCAGCUCUGUCGUCUGUCCUUGCAGCGCAGCCCCAGCCACGCCACAUGGCUCUGCGGAUCAGUCCCGCAGUGCGGCUCUGUCCUCGGGCCCUUGCCCGUUUCUGCCCGUCCAGCCUCCAGGUGAGUGGGAAUGGGCAGGGCUGGCCCCCGGGGGCCCAUGGAAUCUGGGCGGAAGGCGUCCCAGCUGCUUCCAGACGUUGGAGAGACCCCUGGGGUUCCCUCUGCUGCCGACUCCCUGAGGAUGAUCAGACCAACCACAGAAGCCAUCAGGGAGUCCUUGAGCUCAAGGUCACAGCUUUUAUCACUUCACCAGCCUUCCUCUGGGCCGCACUCUUAAUGCCCGCUGCUCACAGCCUCAGUUCUGCCACCCAGGCCUGGCCAGUGGAUGCCCCUGGGCCACCAUCCGAGGAGAGCCGACACCGUAGGAGGCACCGGGCCUGGGGCGGCACAGCCACGUGGGCGCCAGGUCCCCACAGAGCUCAUAAAACCCAGAAGCUGAAAGUCAGAGGCAGGCUGGCUAAUGGGUGAAGCCACGGUCUGUUCCGAAUGGACCACGCUCCCUGCCACAAGGAAGCCCCCAGACGCAGGAGGGAGAGUCCCUGCCUUCCUUCCCAUCACAAGUCAAGCUUCGGAAUCACCCAGUGACAUGUCCUGUGUCCCGCCGCCUCCUGCAAACAUCCUUCCAGUCUGAAGGGCAUCAGGGCAGGUGGGAACAAUGACUGGUCAUCAGCUGGGGGAGGGGGGUAUCAAUGCUUGUGACCCUUCUGAUAUCGCUGGCACCAGGCCCCCACUGGUGUAGGAAGGUGAGAUGGAAGGUGGGGGCAGAGAAAGACCAGUGUGGAGCAGCUCUCUAUGCACCGCACCCUCUCCUGCACGUACAGGGAGAGGCUCUCGUGAGCUGUGACCGCACCUCUAGCCAAGGCCUCGCAUCUGCCUUCACAGCCCAGUGGGGCUGGUGGUCUCUGCAAACAGUGACUCUACAAGUGUGUUUUUGUUUUGGAAGACGGCUGUCAUACUGUCGUGCCUGAAGAGGCUAAUGAGCAGCUCAGUGUGAUGGGCACUCGGCUGGACGGCCCCCUGGAGCCCAAACUCUGGACCAUUUCCUUAUGGAUGAUGGGGGGUAAGGGGCUCCUGACUUGUGAGGGUGCUUCCAGAGCAGGCGGCAUGUGACAGCAGAUGGGCAGGUGCCCCAGCGGGCCCAGUGGUGUCCUGUGGGGCAGUCCUGAGCGGUCAGGGGCACCAUGGACAUCUGCAGGCUGGGAGGCCCUAGUUACUGGCUGUGCUUUUCCUACAAUGCCAGGGUCCUGCCUGCAGUGGCCCUCCUCAAAGCCCGCUGCCACCUGGACAUGCAGUGCCGUGUCGGGCCCAGCUGGGGGAGGACACAGUGGUGUGACCCCUGGUGCCACAUGUCACCUACCUCCUGGCCCCAGGUGCCCCACAGCCUCUCAGGACUGAGAGGGGCCCAUCUGGAGCAGGAGGGGUGUGAUGGGCAUGACCACCCUCCGAGCCUGGGCCCUGAGGGCCCAAGGUGUGGUGCAGGGUGGCCCGUGGGUCCCUCUGGCUCCUGUGCAGGACCUACAGGCACAGCCCCGCUGGCUCCUUAUCGAGACGGACUGAACGCAGGUUGCCGCCUGUUCGUCCUGAGUGCUCAGGGGCCACCGUAAGCCCCUUCCCACCAGGCCCUGUGCCCACGGCAUCAUCGCCCUGUGAGUUCUGCUCAGGCUGGGCCAUUCCACAUCAGCCUCAUUUUGGAGAUGGAGGGCAGAGCACGAGCCAGGGGUGUGUGUGUGUGUGUGUGUGUAUGUGUGUGUGCAGCAAGGAUCUUUUCUGUGAAAGGAAAUGCUGUGUGCGUACACAUGGAGCACAUAUAAUAAAGAACCAAACCUAA